AUGAUACCGUACAUCGGAAUGGUCAACUUUGCAGUGCAGUACUGCUAUCCCGGCUACGAGACGGCGCGCCUGCUGUUACAGGACAAGCCUUCGAGCCACCAACUGACACAGUGGACCUUCUACUGGAUGAUCUGUGCCAGUUUCCUGCAGCUUGAGAGCACGCUUCUAGCCCUCGUCGUGGAGUACGUGCCGCUGUACCUCGAGUUCAAGACCCUGUGCCUUCUGUGGCUGGUGCAUCCCAGCUACAAGGGUGCUCUAUGGUUGUGGCACAGCAAGCUGAAGGACGGAUCUUCAAACAGGUGUGCAAACACACGCGAAGGAAUUUUGGUCAUCGUGUGCUCAUAG